CCGCAGCGCGCAGGAGUUUCUCGGAGGAUUUAAUUAUCUGUCAUUUUAUCCAGCAGAGCACCAGGAGCAGACACUAUCCUGCAGAGACUCCUGAGAGCAUCUCCAGAGCACCGGGCACACAGAGACAGAAGAAAGACAUCAUGAGCGACCGUUUCGACUGCAAAACAUGCAACGAGUCCCUGUGCGGGCGAAAAUACAUCCAGGUGGAGGAGAAGCCCCACUGCAUCCCCUGCUACGACCGCCUGUAUGCCAAAACCUGCCAGGAGUGUAAAGAAGUCAUCGGACAUAAUGCCAAGGAGCUCUUCUAUGAGGACAGACAUUACCACUCUCACUGUUUCCGCUGUUUCCGCUGUGACCGCUCUCUGGCAGACGAGCCCUUCACGAGCCAGGAGGCCGCGCUGGUGUGCAGCGACUGCUACUGCAGCGAGUUCUCCUCCAAGUGUGUGUCCUGCGACAAGACAGUUAUGCCAGGGUCGAAGCUGUUGGAGUACGGCGGCUCCACGUGGCACGAGGACUGUUUUGUGUGUCACGGCUGCGAGAAGCCGAUCGGUGCCGAGGCCUUCAUCCCAGACGACAACAACUACUACUGUGUGCCGUGCUACGAGGGCAGGGUGGCUCCUCAGUGCAACCACUGCAAGAAGGCUCUGACUAAAGGAGGGGUGACCUACAAGGACGAGGUGUGGCACAAAGAGUGUUUUCUCUGCACGGGCUGCAAAGCUCCGCUGGCUGGCCAACCCUUCACCUCGCAGGGGGAGAGUCCGUACUGUGUCAAGUGUUUCAGCAGCCUGUAUGCCAAAAAGUGUGCCGGCUGCAACACGGCCAUCACAGGUCAGUGGAGAAUACAGGACCUCAAAACAAUUCAGGUGUAUCCCUGGUUCAAGUCUGUCUGGGGUUGUUUGUCAACUCCUAUCUUUAUUCUCCCUGUGAUUCCUGUCUGUCUCGACUAUCUACUAUCAACAAAAUGUCAAAUGAAUUGUCCUCAACAAACAGGUGUAGGCGUUAAGGUGUGUCAGGGUUAAACUUGGCUCUAAUAC